AAACAGGUCAUAUUUGUGCUGCCCCCAUGAGUUCCACUCUGGGCUUCAUUGGGAGUUGGAUUCAAUUGCCAAUGGUAUGGCUCAGCCUUGCUCCAGCAGGCAAGUUGGCUAUGGAUGGUUCAAGAACUCAGGCCCUCUUUGUACAAGAUUCACUCAAGCUACUCAUGCUGAGGUUGGAGCGGCGUGGACAUCAGCCAAAGCCGCGGGAGGAGCCGCUUUGCCUUGUUUUUGUUCUGAUUUCGGAUUUCGCUCACUCGCGACACAGAAUCCAAGGUCACCGCUGCAUUUCGGGGCGCAGGAAGUGAUACCAAGGCAGAUACAAACUCCCAGGGAGGCCAAACCCGGUUCGGUUGGAAGGGUCGAAGGGCGCCUUGAACUCCUGUUUGCGGGUUCAACCUCCUUCCUGUGAAGGUCGUUGUGAUCAGUUUGCAGUCUCGCUCUCCCUCACCCAUGAGCCAGACAAGCCACAUGAGCCAUAGGUGGGGAUCAUGUAUUUUUUGCAUAUCCAUUUGUUUGCAUUUUUUGCCCAACCUAAUUACCAAUGGCCAUGGAAGAUUCGGUUCCAAGGAUUUCAAGGACUUCGAAAAUGGCCACGCCAGUGCAGGUGCGGCGGGAGGUGCGCACAGCACCCUCCACCCCCUCACAGACUCAUCGGAGCGUUGUGUCAGGUGGAACAGCACAGCAGCGACGAGUUGAGACACCACGCAGUAGAGUGAUUGGGCCUCGGGAGACGACUCUCACGCAGAGGAAACCCUUAGUGCUUCCUGCCUGGCCAUCGUUAGCUGCUUGGACUACCUACCAGCCAGGCACUGCCACGGCGAUGCAAGUGGAACGGCGAGUGUCCACUGCAACAGCUCCAAUACAUGUGGAGCGGCGAGUGUCCUCAGCAUCAACAAGCUUGGCGUCCGUUGAGCGGCAAGUGUCAACGGCCUCAGCUCCGGUACAAGAGUCAGCUUCCGGGUGCAAAGCCACUUUGCUGAGUCAUGGCCGCAGCCUUUCGUCCUCUGGUAGAUUCAGCUCAACCUUGGCCUGGUCGCCACGGUCAGUGACGUCCAGCUUCCACUUGUCUCCACGAGUGCAGACCUACUUGAAGCCCUGCAGCUCCUCGCUUCAGCGGCCUCCAGUGGUGCGGAUUGACCUGACUGCUUUGGCGCCCCAAGUCUCCUCUUCGCUGCCUAGGAGGGCACUCCAGCUUGUUUCGCCCAGAGAGACCAAAGUUCAACUUGAGACCCUCUCAAAGGAAGAGGAUUCGGACGAGGAGGAGGACAGUGAUGAUGUGAAGGA